CUCGAUUACAAAGUGCUAAAAAGCGUGAAUUAUACUUUUUCUACAUCACAUGCUCGUCAGGUUUCUGAAAUAAAGACAAAAGGGUACGAUGUGUAUUAUUCUCUUGGCGAAAAAGGCUAAUAGUUUUCUUAUAGUGAGGUUUAAACUCUAUAUGAAAUAAUUCAUGUAAUUUUUCUAUUUUGGGAAAUUUAUGUAAAUCAUUUAUUUUAGUUCCCCUUCCCUUUCUUUUUGCAAACAGCAAUGAGGAUAAAUGUUGCCUUGAGUUUAUCUCAACUUUCACUAUUAGUGCUUGCGAGCGAGGUCAAGAAUAUAGUGAUAUUUGGUGAUUCGAAUUCAGAUGUUGGUAAUGGUCAGCGUUGGUGUAAUGGUCCGUUAUGGAAUGAAUAUUUAGCUUCUUCUUGGAAUGCCACACUUUAUAAUUUUGCAUACAGUGGAUCAGUAUGCGAUAAUAACAUGUACCCAAAGACAAAACAAUAUAUACCAAGCUUUAAAGAUCAAGUUGAAGGAUAUUAUAAACUUGAGUUAAAUUUAAAUUCAUCCGAGACUGUUUAUGGUGUUUGGUUUGGUCUCCAUGACAUCAAUAAAAUGUCAAAGAAAAAAGAGGUUGACUUUAAACAGAUUGCAGAAUGUAUCGGUCAACAGCUGAGGUCGAUCAACAAAGUAUUUCAAGCAAACAAGUUUAUCAUCUUCAACAUACCACCACUUGAAUAUAUGCCAUACUAUUUAAACACCGACCAAGCAACUGAGAAAAAUCAAGCAGCCGUAGAGAUAAAUAAAUUGUUGGAAAAGGAUAUUGCAAAUCUUAAUAGACACCAUCACGCAUUGGAGAUGGACCUUGUAGAUAUAAAUUCGCUUGUUAACGACAUUAUAGUAAAUCCAGCAUUAUUCAACUACAAACAAACAUCUAUUCCUAUUACCUCCGAUUGUACUGACUGUCCUGAUGAUCAUGAGUACCUUUGGUGGGAUCAUACACAUUUUUCAACAGCUUUCCAUAAAACGAUAGCAACAAGUAUUAUUGAGUCAGCAUCAUUCACACCGAGAGUAAACAUAACAAAGGAGCCAACUGUUCAUUCAAGGACAUAUGAAAUCAGACCGUCAAAGGGGAUCAUUGAAGGGUUAGUAAAGGAAUACGAUCAAUCAAAGAACAAACUGAACAUGACCUAUGAGACAAUAUUAGAAGAAGAUAUUUAUUAUAUAACACAAACUUAUGCUAAUAAUCAGCAAUACUAUUUAUUUUUAUUCCUUCUGUUUAUGAUAGCUGUCAUUGGUUAUUUAAAGCUAUACAAAAGAAUGAAAUAUGUACUCUUUCAAAAUAAUCAAGAAACAUAAAAUAAACCAUAGUGCUCUUUAUAUUCAAUUGUUCGCUUGAAUAGGAAAAAUACAGAUUAUAUGUUAUAAAAGUUGGGCUUGAGUACACUUUUAUAUAAAUAAGUCAAUUCAAAACAGGUAAAGAACAGGCUUGCAAUUAUACUUCUCUUGAAUACUUUAGGCUUAUAAACACUUGUUUUUACGCGUUAAAAUAG